AUGAGCUUGCAAAUGAGUGAGGUGCCGAAGAUCGUCAGAACUAUAGAGGGAAACAUCAUCCUAAAGAGAAAGUCCCUUUAUGUCAAGAGAUAUGCAAAGAUUGAGAAUCACAUAUUCCUAUACAAAAAAGAGAAAGGGGACUCAAAGAUUAGGGCCUAGAUUGAUCUGAGAAUAGCAAAGAUUAAGAAGAGUUUGAAGAUCCAACAAGAUGCUAACUACAUCUAGAUAAGUUUGAACAAAGACAGCAUUCUUAUAGCUAUUGAAAACGUCGAUGAAUUCCAAAACUGGGUGUCCUGUAUCGAGUUCAAUUAAAAAAGUGAUUAGGAGUAGCAAGAAAUUAUCAAAAAAUAAUAAUAAUUAUAAGAGAGCAUGCUAAAACCCUCCUAAACAAUGCCUGUGCAAAAAGAUGGAAAUUUAUUGGACAGAUUGGAUACUGAUGGCAACAACAGCUAGGCAAGCAAGCAAACUAGAUCUAGGCCUCGAGGUCUCAAGAGUAAUAACUCAGCCAAGUUCAAGAAAGACUCUUUAACACCAUAGGAGCUUUAGCAGGCCAAACAGAGGUUGUAGUAACUUAGUUCUAAGAACUGGAUUCUGAUGAAUGGGAAGGAGGGCAGCUUGGUCUAUGCUGAUAGAAAGGUUGACUUGUCUUUGAAUAAAUAGCUAAUUCAAGAGUUAAAGACAAGUGAAGUAUAAAGAGAAAAGGAUUCAAUAAACAGCAAAACAAAUGUUGUUAUUCUGCUACUCAUGUUUUCACUUAUAAUUGGCAUCGAUUUCUUGGCUGGUCUUAACAUAUCUCAAAUAGCAUUGUUAUCAGCUAAACUUUUACUUGGAUUGUUAACUCUUGGCGUUUUGGGCAAAUAGCUAGUUAAUAAAUCAUCUAGGAAAAACUUGAAGCAAAAUCUCAUUGAGUCAUUUGAUGUAAAAUCAGUUACUUACUUAGUUGCCUCACCUGAUGAAAUUGCAAACAUCUUAACUGAUGAGAAAACUAGAUAAUUUUGGGAUCCAUGCCUAAAAUCAGUUGAAAAACUAGCUGAUGAUACUUUUAAACUUACAUAUCAAGGAGGAGAGCUUAACUCCUUUAUUAUUGAGACAGUAAAGUAUAAUUUCGUUCUUGAUGGAGAAGGCAAUUACCUCAUUUAGGAGAAAAUCAAUAGUGAUUAGUACAGAUACUACGAACUUCAGCAAGUAUAGAACAAACCAUAUUUCAUGAGAAUAACUUUCUAUGGCAGAGUCACACCAGUACUAUUUGAAUGCAGAGGCAAGGAUGUCUAUAGAGGGCUUAACUAUCUCAGAAAUUUCGUAUCCCAAUCAAACAGACCAAGCACCAUGCAGUUAGUAUUUCAAAAGAGUGGAGAUAAUGUAAAUGAGAUGUUUGCCAGUCUAAGAACUACUGCUUUUAAUGAUUAUAUCGAGGAGGAAGAUGAAAGUGAUGAUGAAGAAGUUAUAUCUGAAAAUUAAGAAAGUGAACCUUCAUCAGCUACAAAUGAUAACAAAUCAAAAUCUUAAUUAGAGGAGUCUAAAUCUUUAGUCAGAGCUCAAAGUGAAAAGCUGGUUGAGUCUGCAACAGUGAUGGUGGCAGAUGAUGAGAUCUAUACUCAUGAAAUUUCCACUGAUACUAAAAUAGUUGAGAUCAAGUCCAUUAUGGAUUGGGAUUCAAGACUUCAUCUCUACAAGCCAGAGAACAUAAAAUAUUUGAGAAUGGCCCAGGCUAAGUUCAAGGAGUAUGAAGAUCAAAUUCCAUCGGCUGAAUGGAAAAUAUUAACUGAAGACAAAAAGGAAGGACUAAAGAUUUGGCAAAGAACUUCAGAGUCAGGUCUUAAAUGUAUGAAAGCUCAAGCCAUCAUUGAAAGGAAAGCUUCUGAUAUCAUUAAAGUUAUUGGUGAUACAAAAUACAGAAAUGACUAUGAUCCAGUUUAUGACCACUCUAACUUCUUGGAAAAGGUAGCUCAUCAAACAUUCAUAGUCUAUCAAAAAACGAAGAAGGUGGCUGUAGUAUCAAGCAGAGACUUCAUAUUUGUCCUUCAUUUGAAUAAGAUGCCUGAUGGAACAAUAUAUGCUCUUGUAUUCUCUAUCGAUAGAGAUGAUCUCCACCCACCUGAAAAGAACUCAGUCAGAGGUUGGUUACAGCUUGGCGGUUGGAAAUUAUAGCCAAUGGCAGAGGAUCCAAGCAAGACACUGUGCACCUAUUAAACUGAGAUUGAUAUGAAGGGUAGCAUCCCAGGCUUUGUUAUGACCUAAGCUAACAAAGAUAUAGGCUAUCAAAUAGUAAAGCUUAGAAAGACAGUAGAGAAGUAUCUCAGAGAGAAUCCAUGA